AUGGCCCUUGGGUUCACACUGGGAGCCGUGGGAGGUUGUGUGCUGGGAGCCACAGAGGACCCUGUGGACAAAGUCUUGUCAGUGUUGACCACAAAGAACUCCAUGACACCCUUGAUGAACGAAGUCCGAAUGGUGGGGGCUUUGGGACUGGGCACCCUCAUAGGAGCGACCGCGCUGACCACAGCAAUGACCUCAGUCGUGGCUGGGGUGAUCCUAGCGGCAGCCAUAGCCUCAAUAAUCCUGGCCGCUAGGAGCUGCACCGAGUCCCACACAGACUUCAUAAUGUUGUGGGCAUCAGCCGGAUUUGCAGGCGCCUUGGGGACCACACUCAGCGGAGCCACACUCGGAGUCAUUAUUGAGUGGAUCGUGAUGAAGUCGGGCAUGUUAGGACUGCUCUGGGCGCUGGCCAUAUUCACCAUGAUCAAACCGGCCCUGCACUUCUUAUUCAAGCUCAUUUGGCGGCAAGGGCAGGUAUGUUGCGACCCGGUACAAGCAGCCCUCAAUGGAGAGAGGGGACAGAAGGACAGAGAUGCCAGAGAGAGGCAGCAGAGAGAUAGGGUAACCAUUCAGUUGGAGCAAAGGAUCCUCAUGCUUGAAAGGGGAGGGAGGGUGAAUGAGCUGGAACACAGGACAGCCUGGCAGGCCGACCGCAGGCAGAGAGACAAGAUUGAAAGGGCCCCGAUGACGAUGAUAGCCGUAGCCAUGUCGGGGUUUGGGAUGUAUGGUUACGGGGGUCACCAAUCUGUGUUCAUAGCACUUCUGGUUUUAGUCACACUUAUAGCCUACUUAUUGUUGAAAUCAUCCGACUUCAAGUUCUGGAUGUUGGCUGGGUGCAUGGGAUUGCUUGCAACCUUUGUCAUAGCGGUUCUGACUUUACACGCUGGACAGGAAGUUGUAACAGCCUCCAUGAAGAUGCAAGCUGCGGGGGAGCAUCAAUCCAGGGAGAACAUUGGCGCUCGCAUGAACUACCGGUCAGCUCUGGAGGCUUUGAACACGGGGGUUUUCAUGGCAAAGCUGUGCCAGUUGGGCUUAGGGGCUAUGAUGGGGGGGGCGCUGGUGAGGCGAGGAGCUGGAAAGGAGAAAGUCAUCAUCGGGGCAGCUGGGAUGGCAGGAGCUUUACUGGUCCUGGUGGAGGCUUUAGCCCCUGUGCUUGGGGACGGGGGGAAAUCCGAAAUGAAGUUUUUUACAUUACUUCUGCUGCUGAACCUAAUCUCAACCGGCAUGGCCUUAGAUGAUGGAUUACUCAGGACUCCACCCAUGGGAUGGAUGGCUUGGGAACACUUCCGUUGCAAUGUUGACUGUAAAAGCGACCCCAAGAACUGCAUUAAUGAGGAUCUGUUCAGAGACAUGGCUGACAGAAUAGCUGAGGAUGGCUGGAAGGAGCUGGGGUAUGAGUAUGUGAUCAUCGAUGACUGCUGGAUGUCCAUGCUGAGAGACACCGAGGGGAGGUUGCAGCCCCACCCGUUUAGGUUCCCAGGGGGAAUCGCAAAGCUUGCCAGGUACGUCCAUGACCGUGGACUGAAGCUUGGCAUCUAUGCAAACAUGGGCACUCACACAUGUAUGGGCUACCCUGGCACUACGCUGGAUAAAAUUGAGAUCGAUGCCCAGACCUUUGCUAGCUGGGGUGUGGACUAUUUGAAGUUUGAUGGUUUCAACUCAAAUGCUAUAGAGCAAAUGUUAGGUUACCCAUUGAUGUCCAAGGCUUUAAAUGCAACAGGUAGACCUAUAGUCUAUUCCUGCAGUUGGCCUGUCUAUGUGGGUGGAUUGCCACCCAGUGUGAACUACUCUCUUUUGGGGGAUAUCUGCCACUUGUGGAGGAACUAUUACGAUAUUCAGGACUCAUGGGACAGUGUGCAAACCAUCACUGAUUGGUUUUCUACCAACCAGGAUGACCUACAGCCCGCUGCAGGACCUGGCCGAUGGAAUGAUCCUGACAUGCUUAUCAUAGGAAACUUUGCUAGUUUGGACCAAGCACGCUCUCAAAUAGCUCUGUGGGCUAUAAUGGCUGCACCUCUUACCAUGUCAAAUGACCUUCGAACCCUGAGCAAUGAUGCCACGGCCAUCGUGCAAAACAAAGUUGCCAUCUCCAUCAACCAGGACCCCCGGGGUAUCCAGGGAAGACGUCUGCUGCAGGAGAAGAGCCACAUUGAAGUGUACUGGAGGCCUUUGUCCAAUUCAGCCAGUGCCCUGGUGUUCCUAUGUCACCGCCAGGACAUGCCAUACCUUUACACUACUUCUCUGGCAAAGCUCAAAUACCAAAAUUGCAGCUAUGAGGCGUACAAUGUACUUUCUGGCAAGACAGUGACUGGGUUGACUGCCAUAACAGAGUUCACAGUCUCCAUCAACCCCUCCGGUGUUGUUGUGUGGUACGUCUACCAAGCUAAAUGGUCUCUCUUGGCUUAA